AUGAGAUCAAACGGUUUGCUCUCGAAGACCCAAAGGCAUUGGGCAGCAAGAAGAGGAUUCGAAAACAUUCUGAGCUUUGUAGCGGAUCGUGUUCCGGCUCUGCUUGCAGCACAGGAGAUUCACGGCGCUACCCCUGCCCACUUUGCGGCAGCAAAUGGCCAUGAAGGAAUACUGAACAUAAUCGCAGAACGAGACCCAUCAGCUUUGAUGAUCAACGACAACAAUGGGGAUAGUGCAGCGCACGAUGCCGUUAGAAACAACAGAUUGUUGUCGCUCAAAAUUCUCAUCGACACCAGUCCAUCACUGAUCUACGUUGCCAACAAAAAUGGAGAGUUGCCCAAGGAUAUGGCAACAAGGGAUGAGAUCCGGGAUUUUUUGAAGGAGGCAGAGAAGACAAGCUUGGUUCCUGCUGUCCAGCUGCAAAAUUUAGUGGUGGACUUGGUGGAGAUUUGGUUCAUCUUAUCAUGUAUCACAGGUUUCACUGGCGGAGUGAAGUUGGCAGAAACAAGCAUAGAAAACAACCUGAUAACGAGUGAGUUUAUGCGAACAAUGGCAAAGUUCAAGGUGGUGAAAGUUUACCGCUGCGAGAAUCUUGUCUUGCAUGAAAAGUUCAUGGAGAAGAGAAACGACAUAAAAAAAGAAUUUGAUUCAGGAAAGUUCAACGAAACAGAACAUGAACGAUGGCUUUUUUAUUUGCAGCUUCCAGACGAGAGUAUAGAUAGAAUCUGCAAAGGCAGCCAUCCCUUCAUGUUUCGUGACGGCAAAGACAACAAAUACGGCAACGGAAUUUAUUUCUCCAAGGAAGCAACGUUUGUAGACGACCAGGUGGCUGCGGACAAGGAUGGAAUCAAGAGGCUGUUGCUGGCUCGGGUGGUUGUAGGAAGGAUUGACGCUGGUCAUUCCCAGCUCACGCCACCGAUCAUCAAACAGCAGAGCGGCAAGGGAGCAAAGACGAUUCAUUCUCUCGCUGACAGCGAAGAAGAACCAAUCACUUUCGUCAUUCCUGAUGGCGCCUGCGCUUACCCUGCGUAUUUGAUCUACUAUAAGCUGAAGAGCAGCUUAGCAGAAAAGCAAUGA